UGUGUGUCAAAUCUUAGAUAGCAUUUUAUUGUCAUAAGCAAUCUUUUCUGAAUGAAAUUGUUGUAGCCUGAUCUCAAGGAUUUAUUUAAGAUUAGUUAAUUAAAAACAAACGUAACCGGAGUAGCAUUUUUCAAUAAUGUUAGUUGAGACGUCAGGUUCUGCCUUGCAACUCCGAACCCACUCCGAUAGACUUCCUUCACUCUGCAAAUUUCCUUCGCUUUACAAAUUUCCUUCACUUUACAAAUUUCCUUCACUCCGCAAAUCCUCCAUUGCUUCUCAAUGGAAUGUCAUCUCUUUAAACUGCGGGAAAACAAGGGCUGGACGAUGUUUUGCUAUGAAACAGUCGACGCUCCUGGGGAAGAAGGUGUUGCGUGGGUCUGGCGUUGUUGUCCGUUCCUCGUUGUCUGCGGUGCCGGAGAAGCCGCUCGGUCUCUACGACCCUUCAUUCGAUAAAGAAUCUUGUGGGGUGGGAUUCAUUGCUGAAUUAUCCGGCGAAACCAGCCGCAAAACGAUAAAGGAUGCUUUGGAAAUGUUAGUCCGGAUGACCCACAGAGGUGCUUGUGGUUGUGAGACAAAUACAGGGGAUGGAGCGGGAAUUCUUACGGCAAUCCCUCAUGAAUUCUAUCUGGAGGCAUGUUUUCUUUUCUAUGUUACAAAAGAUGUUGGUAUUAGUCUACCACCAGCUGGGGAAUAUGCAGUUGGCAUGUUCUUUUUGCCCACAUCCGAGAGUAGAAGGGAAGAAAGCAAAAAUGUUUUCACUAAGGUUGCAGAGUCCCUUGGCCAUAAAGUGCUUGGCUGGCGUGCUGUACCAACUGAUAAUACAGGAUUGGGCGAUAGUGCUUUGCAGACAGAGCCUAUGAUUGAGCAAGUGUUUAUCUCUCCUUCCCCCAUCUCCAAAGCUGAUUUUGAGCAACAGAUGUACAUAUUAAGGAGGAUUUCAAUGGUUGCUAUCCAAUCUGCCUUAAAUCUUCAACAUGGUGGUUCCAGAGACUUUUAUAUAUGUUCUCUUUCCUCAAGGACUGUUGUUUAUAAAGGUCAGUUGAAACCUGAUCAGUUGGAAGGUUACUAUUAUGCAGAUCUUGGCAAUGAAAGGUUUACGAGCUACAUGGCCCUGUUCUUCCACUCCCUUGUAAAUGAAUUUGGAUGCUGGAUUGGAUGCCUUGGUUGUUUGGGGAUGAAACUUCUAUUUACAGGUGGAAAAGAAACUGUGUUCGGUCUAGGUAGAUUAAGGGCUUUGUUAGGCUGUGCAGUAUGCCAUUUAAUUAGAAGACCUGAAGAGGUACACUCUCGGUUUUCUACAAAUACAUUUCCUAGCUGGGAUCGUGCUCAACCAUUGCGUAUCUUGGGCCAUAAUGGGGAGAUUAAUACACUCAGAGGCAAUGUAAACUGGAUGAAAGCACGAGAAGGUCUAUUACAGUGCAAGGAGCUGGGCCUAUCAAAGAGUGAAUUGAAGAAGCUUCUUCCAAUUGUGGAUGCCACUUCAUCUGAUUCAGGAGCUUUUGAUGGUGUCCUUGAGUUUCUGGUUCGAGCUGGUAGAAGUCUUCCUGAAGCUGUAAUGAUGAUGAUCCCAGAAGCAUGGCAAAAUGAUAAGAAUAUGGAUCCUCAACGGAAGGCCUUGUAUGAAUAUUUUUCUGCUCUAAUGGAACCAUGGGAUGGGCCUGCUCUUAUAUCAUUUACUGAUGGCCGCUACCUAGGAGCUACAUUGGAUCGUAAUGGACUUCGUCCUGGCCGAUUUUACAUAACGCACAGUGGACGGGUUAUCUUGGCCAGCGAAGUUGGUGUGAUAGACAUUCCACCUGAGGAUGUUCUCAAGAAAGGAAGACUCAACCCUGGAAUGAUGCUUCUGGUAGAUUUUGAAAAGCAUGUUGUUGUGGAUGACGAAGUUCUGAAGCAGCAGUAUGCAAUGGCAAAGCCCUAUGAUGAAUGGCUUCAGAGGCAGAAGAUUGAACUCGAGGACAUACUUGAUUCAGUUCAAGAAUCAGAGAGGGUUGCUCCUGCAACAGCUGGUGCUGUGCAUGCAUCUAAUGAUGACGAUAACCCGGAGAACAUGGGCAUUUAUGGUCUAUCGGCACCAUUGAAAGCUUUUGGCUACACUGUUGAGGCCUUGGAAAUGUUGCUGCUUCCUAUGGCAAAAGAUGGUACUGAGGCCCUUGGUUCUAUGGGAAAUGAUACUCCUUUGGCAGUCAUGUCCAACAGGGAGAAACUCUCUUUUGAGUACUUCAAACAAAUGUUUGCUCAAGUGACAAACCCACCAAUUGAUCCUAUCCGAGAGAAGAUAGUCACUUCAAUGGAAUGCAUGAUUGGUCCAGAAGGGGAUCUCACAGAAACUACUGAAGAACAAUGCCAUCGAAUAUCUUUGAAAGGACCUCUAUUAUCCAUAGAAGAAAUGGAAGCAAUUAAAAAGAUGAAUUACAGAGGUUGGAGAAGUAAAGUUCUUGACAUAACUUAUUCAAAAGAACGUGGGAGAAAAGGGUUGGAGGAGACCUUGGAUAGGAUUUGUGCUGAAGCAGAUAAAGCAAUUAAGGAAGGUUAUAAAUUGUUGGUGCUUUCAGACAGAGCAUUCUCUUCAGAGCGUGUUGCCGUAAGCUCCCUCUUGGCUGUUGGUGUUGUUCAUCACCAUCUUAUUAAAAAACUUGAGCGCACUCGAGUAGGAUUGAUGAUUGAAUCUGGUGAACCACGUGAAGUGCACCAUUUCUGUACUUUGAUUGGAUUUGGUGCAGAUGCUAUAUGCCCGUACUUGGCUGUUGAAGCGAUUUGGAGAUUGCAGGUUGAUGGUAAGAUUCAUCCAAAGGCUACUGCUGAGUUACACUCAAAGGAUGAGCUGGUCAAUAACUACUUAAAGGCAAGCAACUUUGGAAUGAUGAAGGUUCUUGCGAAAAUGGGGAUAUCAACCUUAGCUUCAUACAAGGGUGCUCAGAUUUUCGAAGCCCUUGGCCUGUCAUCAGAAGUGAUAGAUAAGUGCUUUGCAGGAACUCCAAGCAGAGUUGAAGGAGCAACAUUUGAGAUGUUAGCUCAUGAUGCUCUUCGUUUGCAUGAGUUAGCAUUUCCAUCUCGGGCAUUUCCUCCUGGAAGUGCAGAAGCAGUGGCACUGCUCAAUCCUGGAGAUUAUCAUUGGAGGAAAGAUGGGGAAGUUCACCUGAAUGAUCCUCUUGCCAUAGCGAAGUUGCAAGAAGCUGCCAGGAGUAAUAGCGUGGUUGCUUACAAGGAGUACUCCAAACGAAUUCAGGAAUUGAACAAAACUUGCAAUUUGCGUGGGCUUCUUAAAUUUAAAGAGACAGAUGUAAAAAUCCCAUUGGAUGAGGUGGAACCAGCAAGCGAGAUUGUCAAACGGUUUUGUACAGGGGCUAUGAGUUAUGGAUCAAUAUCUCGAGAGGCACACGUGACUCUGGCUGAAGCCAUGAAUAGAAUUGGAGGAAAAUCAAAUACAGGUGAGGGAGGUGAGCAACCAUAUCGUAUGGAACCUCUUCCUGAUGGUUCAAUGAACCCAAAAAGAAGUGCUAUCAAGCAGGUUGCAAGUGGAAGAUUUGGAGUGUCAAUUUAUUACCUUACCAAUGCUGAUGAACUGCAGAUAAAGAUAGCUCAGGGUGCCAAGCCUGGUGAAGGAGGUGAACUUCCUGGCCAUAAGGUUAUUGGAGAUAUAGCAGUCACCAGAAAUUCCACAGCUGGAGUGGGACUUAUCAGUCCACCUCCGCAUCAUGAUAUCUACUCAAUUGAAGACCUUGCACAAUUAAUUUAUGAUCUUAAGAAUGCCAACCCAUCUGCCAGAGUUAGUGUGAAGUUGGUCUCUGAAGCUGGUGUGGGAGUAAUAGCAACUGGAGUUGUCAAGGGACAUGCAGACCAUGUCUUAAUAUCUGGUCAUGAUGGGGGCACAGGAGCUUCACGAUGGACAGGAAUAAAAAAUGCUGGUCUUCCCUGGGAACUUGGUUUGGCUGAGACCCAUCAAACCCUGGUUGCCAACAAUCUUCGUGGUCGCACAGUUGUACAGACAGAUGGCCAGUUAAAAACAGGAAGAGAUGUAGUUAUUGCUGCCCUUCUUGGUGCUGAAGAGUUUGGGUUCAGCACUGCCCCAUUGAUAACUCUUGGUUGCAUCAUGAUGCGAAAAUGCCACAAGAACACGUGUCCUGUUGGUAUUGCCACUCAAGAUCCAGUUCUUCGGGCAAAAUUUGCUGGAGAACCUAAACAUGUCAUUAACUUUUUCUUUAUGCUAGCUGAGGAAGUAAGAGAGAUAAUGUCUCAGCUCGGUUUCCGCACUCUUAAUGAAAUGGUUGGUCGUUCAGAUAUGCUUGAAGUUGAUAGUGAAGUUGUUAACAGCAAUGAGAAAUUGAGAAACAUUGAUCUCUCCUUGCUGCUCAGACCUGCGGCUGACAUUCGACCUGAAGCUGCUCAGUAUUGCAUUCAAAAACAAGAUCAUGGCUUGGACACAGCUUUGGAUCAAAAGCUAAUUAAGCUAUCUAGUGCAGCCCUGAAGAAAGGUAUUCCAGUAUACAUUAAAACAUCCAUAUGCAAUGUUAACCGUGCUGUUGGAACAAUGCUUAGUCAUGAAGUGACUAAGCGUUAUCACCUGGCUGGGCUUCCUAAAGAUACUAUCCAUAUCAAAUUCAAGGGAAGUGCUGGACAGAGCUUUGGAGCUUUCCUUUGCCCUGGCAUUUUACUGGAGCUUGAAGGUGAUAGUAAUGACUAUGUGGGAAAAGGUUUAUCUGGUGGGAAAAUUGUUGUAUACCCUCCAAAGGAAAGUUGGUUUGAUCCAAAAGAAAACAUUGUGAUUGGUAAUGUAGCUCUGUAUGGAGCCAUAAGUGGGGAGGCAUAUUUCAAUGGAAUGGCAGCUGAAAGAUUCUGUGUCCGUAAUUCAGGAGUGAAAGCAGUUGUUGAAGGUGUCGGUGAUCAUGGAUGUGAGUACAUGACAGGUGGGACUGUUGCUGUGCUCGGAAAGACUGGCAGAAACUUUGCUGCGGGUAUGAGUGGCGGUAUUGCAUAUGUUCUUGAUGUAGAUGGGAAAUUUCAUUUACGAUGCAAUCCUGAGCUCGUGGAUCUUGAUAAAGUUGAAGAAGAAGAUGAUAUAAUGACACUCAAAAUGAUGAUACAGCAACAUCAGCGUCACACAAACAGCCAGUUAGCCAAGGAAGUACUUGCCAACUUUGAGGAUCUUCUGCCCAAAUUUAUAAAAGUCUUCCCUAGGGAUUACAAACGUGUUCUUGCAAAAAUGAAAGAAGAAGAUGAUAAAGAAGACUUAAUGGGAAAAGAUGCCUUCGAAGAGCGCAAGAAGUUGGCAGCUGUAUCCCUCAAUAGGAAAUCUAACAAGGAGCUUGAAGAUGGCGCACACCUAAAGAGACCUACCCGAGUGUCUGAUGCUGUAAAACAUCGAGGUUUCAUUGCUUAUGAGCGUGAAGGUAUUCAAUACAGGGAUCCUAAUGCCAGGAUGAAUGACUGGAAGGAAGUUAUGGAGGAAUCAAAGCCUCGCCCUCUUUUGAAAACCCAGUCUGCUCGCUGCAUGGACUGUGGGACUCCUUUUUGCCAACAGGAGAACUCUGGAUGCCCUCUUGGAAACAAGAUACCAGAAUUCAAUGAGCUAGUGUACCAGAAUAGGUGGCGUGAAGCGUUAGAUCGUCUUCUAGAGACAAAUAACUUCCCAGAGUUCACUGGACGAGUGUGUCCUGCACCUUGUGAAGGUUCUUGUGUCCUCGGUAUUAUUGAGAAUCCUGUAUCCAUCAAAAGCAUUGAAUGUGCCAUCAUUGACAAAGCUUUUGAGGAAGGAUGGAUGUUACCGCGACCUCCUGCCAAGAGAACAGGGAAAAGGGUUGCUAUUAUUGGAAGUGGUCCGGCAGGUUUGGCUGCUGCUGAUCAGCUAAAUAGAAUGGGUCACUCUGUGACUGUGUAUGAACGUGCAGAUAGAAUUGGGGGGCUGAUGAUGUACGGAGUUCCCAACAUGAAGGCUGACAAGGUGGAUGUGGUUCAACGGCGGGUUAACCUUAUGGCUGAAGAGGGAAUUGAAUUUGUGGUCAAUGCUAAUGUAGGAAUUGAUCCUUUGUACUCCCUUGAAAAGCUACGAGAGGAAAAUAAUGCCAUUGUUUUGGCUGUAGGUGCUACAAAACCAAGGGAUCUUCCUGUACCUGGGCGGGAGUUAUCUGGCGUCCAUUUUGCAAUGGAGUUCCUUCAUGCAAACACCAAGAGCUUGCUUGACAGCAACCUUGAGGAUGGAAAUUACAUAUCUGCAAAGGGCAAGAAAGUAGUAGUCAUUGGAGGCGGUGAUACUGGAACAGAUUGCAUAGGGACUUCUAUCCGACAUGGGUGUAGAAGUGUUACUAAUUUAGAGCUUCUUCCUCAACCUCCACAAACUAGGGCUCCAGGCAAUCCUUGGCCGCAGUGGCCUCGUAUAUUCAGAGUAGAUUAUGGGCACCAGGAAGCCGCUGUGAAAUUCGGAAAAGACCCAAGAUCUUAUAAGGUUUUGACAAAGAGGUUUAUGGGAGAUGAGAAUGGGGUUGUGAAAGGACUAGAGGUGGUACGUGUGAAGUGGGAAAAAGAUGCUAGUGGGAAGUUUCAAUUCAAGGAAGUUGAGGGCUCUGAGGAAAUAAUUGAGGCCAACCUGGUAUUGCUGGCUAUGGGAUUCCUUGGUCCUGAGUCGACGGUGGCGGAUAAGUUGGGUGUGGAUCGUGACAACCGUUCAAACUUUAAGGCUGAUUACGGUCGCUUCUCAACCAAUGUAGAAGGAGUUUUUGCAGCUGGAGAUUGUCGGCGGGGUCAGUCACUGGUUGUGUGGGCAAUCUCAGAAGGACGACAGGCUGCUGCACAAGUGGACAAAUAUCUAACUCCAGUUCCCAGCCAAGAUGACAACAUUCAAAAUCGGCAAAAUGUUAUGCAGAGGCAGCAAACUGUCAUGACAUAGGUGACUUCAAUUAUCUUUUGUAUACUUCCCAAACGGACUAGAAGAUCGUUUUAAAUUCAGUGAAACAUGGAUGAUCACCAAGGCUAUUAUUACGUUGUUAUUACCUUUCAAUAAAGAUUGCAACUAGGA